AUGGAGCAGCAGUGCAACAGAAUGAGCGGUUCAUUUGAACCUGUGGCAGCAGCGAAGAUGUCGUCCAGUACAAACGUCGUCUUUCAUUCGAAUGGACUUUCUUGCAGCAUGGCGGACGCAGGUACAUCGGAAAUGGAAAGUAUAAUGUUACCGGAUAUGUCUGCUGCACAGUUCUCUUCGCUGCUAGGCGGCAACCAGAGUAACGAUUAUGUCGAUACGUUGAACUUAAACCUUUCCGGUGAUUAUUCGAGCUCAGGCAAGAUGGAGGCAUCGAAUCCCUUAAACUCAAACAGUGGCAACCUCGAUGCGGCGGUGACUAGUUCGCCAGAAUCGAUCAUCAUUUCGGAUGUAGCCGCUAAGCAGAUAAUGUCCGUCGCGGAUUUUAAAUGUAGCGGUGGAUUGACUAAUGACGUUUUGCUUGUUAGCGAGUCAACGGUCGCCCAGUGCAACAGCAGCUGUGAUACGCUGAGAACGGUUCGCGUUGACGCUAAGCAUUCUGCUUCGCCGGUUGGGCUAACAGCUCUCCUAAGUUGCAGCACCUCGACAUUACCUGCUUCGAAAGGAACGAAUAGCUGUAAUAACUGUACUAUGCCCGGACGGUCAUGGACGCCUGAUUCAGAUAGCUGGGACAGUGGUUUCAGUGAUUGCAGCAUGCCUUGCAAUUAUCAAGUGCCUUUAAUGCAGGAAGUGUGUAUGCAGAAUGGCAGUGCCAUGUCUACCAACUACGGUUCUGAAAAGUUGCUUGAUCUUAAAACUGUUAACGAUUCAGUUGUUUGCGGUGCUGAGCCUGACGCAGUAGUUUCGCCCGACUUCAUGUUCUGGAACGAAAGUUUACCGUCGAUAGCCACAAAUACUGCAAACGAUGUGUUCAGCGUUUCACCAGUACCAGAUUACGGGAAAGAAUUUGGUUCGUCGUCUGCAUCUUCGUCGUUAUUCUCCUCUUCAUCUUCGUUUUUCACCAGUGACGUUAAUCUUAACGCGAAAGAGUGUCGCUGCGAACUGUUUGGUUGCAGCAAGAUGUCUUUGGCCAACUCCAGGGCCGACUACACGUUGACCGGUGCUGAACGUUAUUACGAGGACAGCAACUCGAGUUUAAUGGAAGUGUUUUCUCGCACUUCGUCUGAGUCAAUGGUGACCGGUAUCAGCAUUUCGGAUGGUGAGAACCACGAUGUUUUAACAGCAGUGAGCAACAACCUCUCGUCGUUUGACGCUGUUCAGGACAUGACGUUUCAGCAGUCAGAACAGUGGAACUCUUUUCAUCGAUUUACUAUUGAAUCUUCACCAGAAGUUGGUAGCAAAAGCAUGGCUAAAGCGAUUACACUCUCAUCGUCGUCAGAUUCUAAUUAUCAGUUCUGCGUUGACCAAGAAACCUUGAACUCGCCUUUAUGUCGGGAAAACUGUGGCCAGGAACUUGACUCCGUGCAGUCAGCAUGCUCCGGCCUCGGUACUGACCAGUUCUCUUUGACUGGCGACACGGCGGUUGUUUCCAUUGACAACUCAACGACUACUAGUGCCAUUUCCAACGGCGGGUGUCCAUCAUCUGCCACUGUUCCGUUGACUGACUUACAGCAGAUUUGUUCUGACGAAUUGAACAACAGCCUUGCCUCAUCGCCAUGUUCGUUUUCCUCUUCUUCAGAAAUUUUGCCUGAAAUGCAGAAAAUUUUGUCAUCAUCACCGGCACUCCUCAGCAUACAUAGUGAUAAAGCACCGCAGACCACUGAUCGCCGUUUUCGCCUUGUCGACAGUUGUUCCGAUGAUCCGCCGAUCACCACUAGCCCAUUGGCAGUGAGUGCGGCUGUUAUUACAGAGGUGCACUCCAAAACCGCUGCCCCAGAAUGCUUGUUAAUACCGUCUCUUGAGAUGACGGUGAUCCUUCCAAGCUCAUCAGUGGGCAACGAUAAGACUUCCACCUCUGUGAAUGCCGCCGGAUACAGACAGAACCUUGCAGGAGGUCGACGUGGAGACGGCAGCGCUUAUGCUGUCAGUGGCGCUCCGCGCCCCAUCUUUCGCUGUAAUGCUUGCUCAAAGACGUUCUUGUUGAAAAAGUACCUGCGACGACAUGAGCGCAUGCAACACCAGAACGGUAAAGUGAACUGUGUUGCCCGCCGAGCAGCUGACGAUGCUCGUCUGAAGAGCCCGACGGCGACUGCACCGUACCUCGACUGUCCACUCUGUCCGAAAAGUUUUGUCAGCAUGAAGCUGCUGAAGCAGCACGUCAGUUUUCAUGCGAGAGCAGACUCGCUAUAA